UUAUGGCUUAGCCUUCUGGACCUCUCCUCCAUCCGUGCAGAGGGUUUCCAUUACUGACCUCGCCAAUGAUCAAAUGAAACGUGAAAUGGGCUAUUCUGAAGCCCGGAGGCCCAGAUGGAUCGAUAUGCAAGCCAAGGGCAGAGCUACGGCUCUGCGAAUCCAAGCACACUGGCCUACUUCUGGAGACCUUCUGUCUAGAAGCAAUUCCUACUAUGGCUGGCUGUAAUCCAGCCAGCCCAGCUUGGGCCGGCGCGGGCGCUUUAAGAGAGGGGCGGGGCCCGGCGCAGGCAAGGCAGGGCCUGCCCACAAGGCUGCUUUUCCUUUUUGAUCCAUUCAAAAAUUACUCAUUGCAAAUUCCCGGACAGCUCGGGGAGGAGAAGCUGGUGGGGCGGAGGACAGAGAAGGCUGCAGCGGCGCAACGCUGGGACUCCGGGACCCCGCGGGCUGAGGUCGGACCCGCAGCAGCCACCGGCCCGCGCCGAGCUCCAGUGGCCUCUCCAGGAAGCGUCAGUCUCCGCCCGGAGAUCUGGGAGCACCGCCCCCACCGUCCUCCCCGGACCCCCAGUCCCCGGCGCGCGGGCGAUGGGCGGCCACUGAGCGGGCACUCGGCACCGCGACCCCAGCCCUCGGCAUGGCCGCGCGCGAGGAGCUGUACAGCAAAGUCACCCCGCGCAGGGACCGCCUGCAGCGCCCGGGCACAGUCAAGCAUGGGUCGGCGCUGGACGUGCUCCUGUCCAUGGGCUUUCCCCGCGCCCGCGCACAAAAAGCUCUGGCAUCCACGGGAGGAAGAAGCGUUCAGGCAGCAUGUGACUGGUUGGUUGUUCUCCCAUGUGGGUGACCCCUUCCUGGAUGACCCCCUGCCUCGGGAGUAUGUCCUCUACCUCCGCCCGACAGGGCCAUUAGCCCAGAAGCUCUCUGACUUCUGGCAGCAGUCCAAGCAGAUCUGCGGGAAGAACAAGGCCCACAACAUCUUCCCCCACAUCACUCUCUGCCAGUUCUUCAUGUGCGAGGACAGCAAGGUGGAUGCUCUGGGGGAAGCCCUGCAGACUACUGUCAGUCGAUGGAAAUGUAAGUUCUCAGCCCCACUGCCCCUGGAGCUGUACACCUCCUCCAACUUCAUCGGGCUCUUCGUGAAGGAAGACAGCGCUGAAGUCCUCAAGAAGUUCGCGGCUGACUUUGCUGCAGAGGCUGCAUCCAAAACAGAAGUGCACGUGGAGCCUCAUAAGAAGCAGCUGCAUGUGACGCUGGCCUACCACUUCCAAGCCAGCCACCUACCCACCCUAGAGAAGCUUGCCCAGAACAUUGACGUCAAGCUAGGAUGCGACUGGGUGGCCACCAUAUUCUCUCGGGAUAUCCGGUUUGCUAACCAUGAGACGUUACAGGUGAUCUAUCCCUAUUCACCUCAGAAUGAUGACGAGCUGGAGCUGGUCCCAGGGGACUUCAUCUUCAUGUCUCCCAUGGAACAGACCAGCACCAGUGAGGGCUGGAUUUAUGGCACCUCGCUGACCACUGGCUGCUCUGGGCUGCUUCCUGAGAACUACAUCACCAAGGCUGAUGAGUGUAGCACCUGGAUCUUCCAUGGUUCCUACUCCAUCCUAAAUACCGUAUCAUCCAGCUCACUCGCGUUUGGCGAUGGAGCGUUAGAGAGGCGGCAGUAUGAAGAUCAAGGACUUGGGGAGACAACACCCCUCACUAUCAUCUGCCAGCCCAUGCAGCCCCUGAGAGUCAACAGCCAGCCUGGACCCCAGAAGCGAUGCCUCUUUGUAUGUCGGCAUGGGGAGAGGAUGGACGUUGUAUUUGGGAAGUACUGGCUGUCCCAAUGCUUUGAUGCCAAAGGCCGCUACAUACGCACCAACCUGAACAUGCCUCACAGUUUACCUCAGAGGAGCGGCGGUUUCCGGGAUUACGAGAAAGAUGCUCCAAUCACUGUGUUUGGGUGUAUGCAAGCAAGACUAGUGGGUGAAGCCUUGUUAGAAAGUAAUACUGUUAUUGAUCACGUGUAUUGCUCACCAUCCCUCCGCUGCGUUCAGACUGCACAUAAUAUUUUGAAAGGUUUACAACAAGACAAUCACUUGAAGAUUCGAGUGGAGCCGGGCUUAUUUGAAUGGACAAAGUGGGUUGCUGGGAGCACAUUACCGGCAUGGAUACCUCCAUCAGAGUUAGCUGCAGCCAACCUGAGUGUUGAUACAACCUACAGACCUCACAUUCCAGUCAGCAAAUUGGCGAUUUCGGAAUCCUAUGACACCUACAUCAAUAGGAGUUUCCAGGUGACGAAAGAGAUAAUAAGUGAAUGCAAAAGUAAAGGAAAUAACAUUCUGAUUGUGGCCCACGCAUCUUCCCUCGAAGCGUGUACCUGUCAGCUCCAAGGUCUAUCCCCGCAGAACUCAAAGGACUUCGUACAAAUGGUCCGGAAGAUCCCAUACCUAGGCUUCUGUUCCUGCGAAGAAUUGGGAGAAACUGGAAUAUGGCAACUGACAGACCCGCCCAUCCUUCCCCUUACCCAUGGCCCCACUGGGGGCUUCAACUGGAGAGAGACCCUCCUGCAAGAAUAAGCUGCCUGAGAGCUGGGAAGAACUGGCCUUUUGCAGAUGAGUCCUCAGGAUGCCCUGUAGCAGUGGGAAAGCCCACGCUGCAUUCAAAGCAGACAGCUCAGAAUCAUUUAGCAUAUUUCUUUUCAUGCUUAGGGGACGGUGAGAUUGUGAGAGAAAGUCGUGAUUCAGAGGGGAAAUUAAAAAAAAAAAAAAAACAAUCCAUCUCUCUGGACUUGCCUAGCUACCAAGGCUUUGGAGAAGUGUCUUCCUAGGCUGAGCACCUGAUGCAGCAGAAACUACCAUCCUCCUUCAGGCUAUGCAUGGCUAAAGAGCCUCAUUCUUCUCCCAGAGAGCUGCUCCCUCCCGGAGAGGCAUGCAAGAGGAAGGACUGUGUCUGGAAUCCAACUGGGGAGAGGAUAGUCUUUUUGUACUCCAUUUGCAAGUUAGGGAAAGCCACACUGAGGAGUGCUUUGAUGGUUGUUAGGGACCGUAAGAAUAGUCCUGUGUCAGACAGCAGAUUCUACCCUCAGCAGACUCCAUUCACUGCCGCUGUGAGGCACCCACUUGAGGUCUCCCGACAUUCACCCUGGUACCACACCACUUGAUCUCCAGAGCAAUCUGGCCCUUCAUGCUUCUAUCUGUGAAAUGGGGAGAACAGCCCUUUGCACGUUGAGAUACUCAGGAGGGAUCAAGAGAACGAGUGAUGUGUGUUGAAUGGGAGGUGGAGCUACUUGCAGAAUUUUAACCAAGUUGAAAUUACCCCUGUGAUGGCCGGAUGAACUGUGAAGUCCCCAAGCCUGCCUGAAUCAGGACGUGUCUUUCCACCCAGACUCUAGACUGUGUUAAGCAGUUAAGGAGAUUGACAUUUGAAAGGAUGUUAUGUUGGAUUCACUAUUUGGAUCAGCAAAAAACAAAAACAGAAAACAAAAACACAAAAAGAAAAAAAAAAACCUCCAGUGCAAUACAGAUAUUUUUAGAAACUAUACCGAGGGUCGUGUUGUUGGUCACAUACAGGCCAUGUCCACUGUAGCAGAAUGUCCAUAGGUUAGCCCAUUUUAGGUUGUCCAGGAAGCCCAGGGACUAACGUGAAUGGUGACAGUCACAACUGCACUGCUUCUUUUGCUGCCCUCUUUGCUUUUCUAUGGUAAUUUAGAACAGACGGGAGGGAGGACCACUUGAAGGAAGCUGGAGAGUCAGAGCCUAUCUGUGGGCUCUCACUGCACCUACUUCCUGUACUUAGAGAGAGUGUGUGUAUUUAAAAGAAGAAUAAAUGACAAUCAAACCAAAACAUCCCAUAUCCAUGUCGAUUUAAUUGUGUAUCCCGAUAGCCAUCAGGGCCACAGACAGUAGCCCAGUUCGAGAUAGUUCGUUGUGUAGCGUGUGUGUGCAAAUUGAAACCCUGGCCACUGAGAAGGAACACGGAUGUAAAACAAAUGUGUCGUUGAAGCAUCACAUUGUAUGUGCCUGUAUGUGCAUGUAUGUCUUAGUCUUAGGUGUUCAGGUAAAUGCAUCACUUUGAUUGGGCUGUAUUCCAUUGUCCUUAAUCCAAUAUAGACAGCGUCCUGGGCAACUGUCUACAGAGCCAGGGAGGGCACAAUCUGAAGUAACUUUCUGAAGAACUUAAGUGGAUAACAGAAAAGUUUAAUUCUCCAAAUUGCUUAUCGAAAUGGCUGCGUGAUCUGAAUCCAGUUAACAUCUUGUUGGACACUGGUCUAUAAAAAGAAUUAAAGGUUGGGUCCAGUUGAGCAGUCUUGGGAGUCACACUGAAUCUGUGUGUAGAGAGAUAUCUGGAUAGUCAGACUUCAUAUGCAUACAGAAUGUCUCUGCUGGCAGUAGACCCUGAGUUGAGGCUAGCUCUGCUGGCAGUAGACCCUGAGUUGAGGCUAGCUCUUUUCAAUCUGCAGCUCAUGCUAGCUCAGAUGGGUUAGGGACAGAGCAGGAAAAAAAUAAUAAUUUUUUCAUCACGUGACUCCCCCAACACCCUUUUUUUUUUUUUUUCCUUUUUUCUUUUUGGAAAGCAUUGGAAAGCCAUCUGAAAUAUUUCAGGGGAGAUGAAAUUAGUGGAAGGGUUUAAUACGCGAUUACAAGUCCAAACAGUGUCCUACUUCACCAAGUGUGAAAAUGCUUUAGUAUUACUCCCAGGUAGGACUUUGUCCCUGUGAUUUCUGGGUGUCUGACUGGAACAAUUGGUGCGUGUUAAUACACACACUGAGGCUGCCCUUUUCCCAGGCUCUUCUCACUGCUGCUUGGCUGUGAGGGGCCCUUUGGUUCACCCUGGGGUCCCAGUAACAUUCAGAUGACAGUGUCUCUUUCCCUUUGCAUUGAGAUUCAUGCAGCCUGAAUGGCUCAUUACGUGGCCAUCUGAUGGCUGAAAGAGGGUUUUUUUUUUUUACCGUGUGAUGAAAGGCUUGGGAGGCUUUUUAUUUUAAUUAUACUUUAACCAAAGAGUUGUUUUAAAGUAACCUUAUAUUUGAAAGAUGAUUUUGCAAAUAAAGAAAUAAAAAUAAAAAUAGAAGAAGUAUGCCUUCUGGAGCCCUGUGGGCUUGGUAAAUCGCUGAUGAUUGCUUCCUCGCCAGUUCUGUUUGGAGUCCGUGUAGGUGGGAUCCUGCUGUGUGUAGCACUGGCCUGGACAUCUCCUUUCCACUCUACAUGUUUCCCUGUGAAAAUGCACUCUUACUUCAGUUAUCUGAUGUCAUGGGGAACACAGUGGCAACAGGAAGAGAAGGUCCUAGCUCACUGCCUUUGUAGAAAACUUCGUUUCUGUGCUCCAAGAACAGAAUUCCCCUGUUACCUAGGCGCUGGGUUUCAUUUCAAAGCAGUGGUGAAUUGCUCUUUUGAAUCUACUCUCAGUAUAUGUGUGUGUUAGAAUACAGAUGAGCCUCCCACUAAGUUUCACAGGCAUCGGCACAGUCAACUGUACCAAAUCUGCACAAAGUUGGAUAAUGAGACUCCUGGAGAUUUGCAUUUAAAUUGUCUAAUCCGGCACAUGCACGUGAGGAGGAGAAAAAGGGGGGUCUAGUCUGAUGAGCCUGUGCUGUCGGCGGGCAAGGGACAACCUGACUUAAUGUCUACUUAGGAGCUGUUCAUGUUACAAAGGUGAUGGGGGUGGGGCUGUGUGGUGCUUUUCAUCGUUAAACACGUCUAGAAUUGGAUUGGCUUUUAUAACUCUUCAUCACUGGUUGCUGGGAGGGUGACUGUAGGCACUGCCUCUCGAUGCAGAAGAAAUAGCUGGGCUGUUACAUACAUAUAGUAUUAGGUUUGCUGUGUGUAGGUUAAAGAUUUAGAGUCAUUAGUAGUCAGACAAUAUACAGUCAGUCCUCACAGAUAUUUGCCUGCUGCUCCCUAGCCACUGUUCCUUGCACAGAAAUUUUGCAGCUGUUCAACUAUUCAUGGAACCCUGUAUGUGAUACAUGUUUUAAACGGAAACAAUGUAUACUGGUUCUUUGGUUGCCACUAAGAUAAAAACAACAUCCCAGAGCCUUUGACUCCUGCGUACACCACACUGAACCAGCUGUGUUAGGAAGGCAUGUUAGUCUCUUUCUCACGCGUGAGACUUUUGUGUCUCUUUUUUGCUAUAUGAUUUGGGUGUAUUUAUUUGGGGGAAAAAAAGUUUGUAAUUAUAAGACUAGAAAACCACACCUAGUUGGUCUGCCAAGUUCCUUGUACACUCCCCAUGCUGUUCGUGCUUCCAUGGCCGGGAAGCUGAUCUUCCGAAUAGAGCUAUGGCAGCUUUGUGAUCAGUUCAUAUCCACUGACAUGAUAUGGUUCAGAGAUGACUUAAUAAAAAGAAACUGUGCCCUCAGUUGCCCCAGCACAACUACAGAUUUAAGUCCUGAGUGUGGUCUCUUCCUGUUGUGUCUUCGCAUGGUACUGUAAAGUGAUCAAUGUGACUGCGUGGGUGUCCAUUAAGGGUAUGACUCUUCCAACAGAGAGUCAGAGGGAUGCUAGCUGCUGAUGGAAAGGCGAGGAAAUGCUUGCAGCCCUGUGCAUCUUGGGUAUUUCUGGUGAGGCAUCCCGAUUAAGAAGUGAGAGCCCAGUAGUCCUGGGCAAAGUGCACUCUUCAAUGCCUUCGGUUCAACCUAGGCAAACCGUGGGCCACCCUAUACCUUUCAGUCAAUGGAUUCUAGGUUCAGAGCUAAGGCUCCUGGGACAAAUACAAA